AUUAGAAAGAGGGAUGGUUUAAUUUGACCAGUCAGCUUGAUGUACUGUUUCUGUUCCGACUACAGGAUUAAGAGAUGAGGACGAGUCCUGAUACUGAGCAGCUGAUCAGGUGUACGGCAUCCGACUGCAGCUGCGAAUGCUUCAAACCAGGACGUCGCCAGCUCAGGUCAUGUGACCUCUGUGGUCACAGCUGGGUGGCACACGCUCUUGACAAGCUCCAGGUCCAACCUCCAUCGAGCUGCAGCCCCGUGGAGGUGGCCCUGCCUGGCCUGGUGUUUGACCUAAGCUCCCUGGUCCUGUACGGGGCUCAGGCCAUCCCCAUUCGGCUCAAGAUACUGCUGGACCGACUCUACAGCAUCCUGACUCCAGAACAGGUCAGCCACAUACUACACACGUUGGGCUGGAGUUUGGGGGAUUACGUCCGAGGAUACAUGUUGCAACAUCCUGGUGGGAAAGUGUUGGAAUGCUGGUGGAUGGUGACUUCUGAGGAAGAGUUUCUCAUUCUCAAACAGUUCCUUCGCUUUGGCGAGACCCGGCCCAUUGUUGAGUUGAUGUCUCUGCAGAACCUGGACAACACCAACCACCUUCCUAUAACAGAGCUCAACUCUGGACCAAAGAGCUGCCGCUUAGACAUCAGCCAAUUCAUUGAAUGGAACAGGGGAAUGUUGGGAAUGGUCAGGAAUGCAGGAAGGGAUUCACAUCAAGUGGCCAGCAUCUGUCAGUUUGAGAAGAACAGUCCAGGUGACCACAGCAGCACCACCCAACACUUUGGAAAUUGUCAACGAGGAAUGUCUUUGCUUUUCCCUUUUGACUUCCCAAACUCCCUUUUCCAGUGUUUGGAUUUAGAUUGUCCCAUCAAGGAUCACAUAUCUCCCGCUAAACAAAUGCACCAUCUACAAAAGCACAGUGGGAUCAAAGAUGGUGACAGACGCAGGCAGGAGCCGAAUAAUGGAAAACCGGCUUUUAAAAUCAAGCCCGACCCUGAUGAGCCAAACCCAGGCCAGACACUGUGGCAGCACAACCACCAACUCCACAAUAGCCAAGGCUUUUCUCCUCAAAGGAUGACCAAAGAGGAGACCUCAUCAUCACUGUUUCCUUCCCUGAAUGCCACACUUCUCCUCCCUUCUACUGCUCUUAAUCCUUCUCCUCCCAGUGCAUCCCAGAUGUCCCUCGCCACCUCCAGCUCCUCCUAUCCCCUUCCAUCCUUCUCCUCCUCCUUCCUUUGUCCUCUUUCCACCACUUCCUCUCCAUCUGCACAAUACCCUCUCUCUUCCUCCUCCUCUCCCUCAGUCCAUCGUCUCCCGUCUUCCAUCUGCUCUCUCCCCUCUCCCGCAGGAGGUCGGAAGGGGAGGGUCUGUUGCGGGGUUUGCGGGAAAAGCUUCUACGACAAAGGAACACUGAAAAUCCACUACAAUGCCGUUCACCUGAAGAUCAAACACCGCUGCACAGUGGCCGGCUGCACCAUGGUGUUCAGCUCGCUGCGCAGCCGAAACCGACACAGUGCCAACCCAAACCCGCGGCUGCACACUGGCACCAGCAAAGAUGCACACACUUACAAACAGGCACACAGACACACACAUGUGGAAGAUGACAUCACAAUCACACGGCAUCGGUGUCACUGUGGCGACAGCCAUUUAAGUCAUCAUGCAAACCUUCAAUAUGUCUGCCAGCAUGAGAUGUGGUCUCCCUCAUCUCCCCGUGGCCCCCUGAACUCUCCAGUGCAAGACUCCACCCACACUUCUGGCCUACAACACCAAGCCCCACCUUCUCCACUGUUGUCGGAAAUUGGCGCAAACUUCUCUCAGGACGAAACUGAAUGCAGGCUUCGCACCAAUAAAACACCACCUGGCCCCGCGUCCAUCACCUUAGCAACCCACAUCAGCCUGUCCGAGUCUUCCAGUCCCUCUGAUUAUUUUGUCAUAGAAGAAAAACUAGAGGAAGCUCAUGGUAGCAACCCGCUAACCAACCAGCAGCCCCGAUGUGAGUCAGGUGACACCGUGUUGAAGAAGAAGCCCAGGAAGUCCAGCAUGCCAGUCAAAAUAGACAGACAAAACAUGGAGGUGGAGUCAUGAAGAAAGUACAUGUUGUCCACAGUUACUUUAAGGAA